CAGUGACCCCCCCCCCGCGGGGAACCCUCUUGACUGCUUGUGCCCAUGCAGGUGAUGAUGUUCGGCAGCCCCGCCAUCGCCCUAGAACUUCUGAAGCAAGGCGCCAGUCCCAAUGUGCAGGACGCCUCCGGCACCAGUCCUGUCCAUGACGCGGCGCGCACCGGCUUCCUGGACACCCUCAAGGUCCUGGUGGAGCAUGGCGCGGACGUCAACGUGCCCGACGCCACUGGGGCGCUGCCCAUCCAUCUGGCCGUGCGCGAGGGCCACAGCGCCGUGGUCAGCUUCCUGGCACCGGAGUCCGAUCUCCAUCACCGGGACGCCAGAGGCCUCACCCCCCUCGAGCUGGCCCGGCAGAGAGGGGCGCAGCACCUGCUGGACAUUCUGCGAGGGCACACGGUGAUCCCACUGUGACACCCAGGGCGAACCCCUUUUGCGAUGGGGGGGGACAGGGGAGAAACACUACCCAGGUGUGGGGAGGGGAGGGGUUGCAGGGGGAGAGGAGGAGCCAUUUGAGGCAUUCUUGGUGUUGAUUUCUGGCGUGCCGUGUGUUUUGGGUGGGGGGAACACGUUUCUCUUUUUGGUUUUCGCACCCCUUUCGGUGUGUUGGAUUGAGAGGGGCUCCUACAAGCCCGCCGCCGCUUGAACGGUUCAGUUUCUCAUUUAAAGCCCCAGCCCUGCAGUGAGGUCACCAUCUCCAGGGAUUUCUGGAACCUGGUGACCUUGGCUGGCAGUAUUGGGGCGGGGGGUGGGGAGGUUGGGGGGUGGAGGAAGGUCUGGAAAGUGUGGGUGUGCCUGCAUCGGGCAUGGGGGCGGGGAAGGGGGAGCCUUUGAAAUCAAUAAAAGGAGUAGCAAUGAGUUCGUUUCAGAGUUGGUGGGAAUGGGAAGCUCUUUCCAGUCUCGUGUACAGCGAUGAAAAGACAAAAAACAAACAAAAAAAAGAUUCUAUUUAUUAAGCUUGUUGGAAAACCUGUGUGUGCUAACUUAAAUGUUUCUACCCAUUAAAUUAAGGUUUGUGUUUGA